AUGGCGUACGAGGAGCAGCGCCGGAGGCAGAUGGAGGAGGACAACCGCAAGCUGGAGGAGCUGCACCUGCACCAGCUCUCCGCAGCCGGCCCCAAGCCCUCGCCGGUCAGAUCGGAGGCCAAGUCUGUGAAGCGGGUGCGGGUGCGGCGGGACGCCCAGGUCCGGCAGUCCGGCCGUGUCGCCAGCCUCCCCAAGCAGCCCAAGUACCGCUACGAGGAUGACUGCCCAACAACCUUGGUAGAGAAGAAGAUUAGGAGGAGGGGGAGCAGCAUGAGGAGUGACCUAAUUAAUCGAGUGUACGCCACAGACGAGGCCAGACGCCAUGCCAACUCCAUGGCCGAGGAGCUGCUGGGUAAGCUGGUGCGUGGUGGCAUUGGCAACCCCAGUUUUAUCAAGCCCAUGAAACAGUCUCAUGUCACCGGAGGCUUCUGGCUGGGCCUCCCGGCGCAGUUCUGCCAGAAGUAUCUCCUAGGGAGUGAUCAUACAAUCACUUUGGAGGAUGAGGAGGGUGAGGAGUAUGAAACGCGCUACCUCGCGCUUAAGACGGGCCUCAGCGCCGGAUGGAGAAAGUUCGCCUUGGAGCACAACCUGGUUGAUGGUGAUUGCUUGGUGUUCGAGUGGGUCAUCUGGAAUAAGUUCUAUGUCUACAUCAUGAGACAAAGUUCCUACUACAAAUGA